UACGUUUUGCAUGGCCAAAAAGAAAGUUGGCCUGAAAGCUCGUCAUGGGCCAGAUCACAGGUUAAAGUUGGUGGAAAUCGUGGCUAUUCACUAUCCAAGCCCAUGAAUUUAUCCACUCGCGCUGUUUUGGCCAUUGGCGGCGUCUUUUUGGGCUGCUGCAGUGGCGUAGUUUUCCUGGAGCUGCUCGUUAAACUGGAUCCAGGCGCUGGCAACUUAAUAACCGCCGCCCAGUUUGCCUUUAUUGCCUUGGAGGGCUUCAUCUUCACCUCACGGUUUGGAUUGGCCCACCGGGUGAUCAGCCUGCGGGACUAUGCGCUCCUGGUGGCCAUGUUCUUCUUGACCAGCGUGUGCAACAACUACGUGUUCGAGUUCAAUGUCCCGAUGACGCUGCACAUGAUCAUACGCGGCGGUUCCCUCAUAUCGAAUAUGUGCCUGGGCACUUGGAUUCUAAAGAGAAGCUACCGGGCGAGUCAGUACAUCUCGGUGGUCAUGAUCAGCGUGGGCAUUUUCAUCUGCACCUACUUCUCCAGUCGAGAUUUCGGGGGUAAGAAGGAGAAUCUUGUUGGUAACACCGAGGCGGAUAUUUUCUGGUGGCUGGUGGGCGUGCUGCUCCUGGUGCUGGCUCUCUUUGUCUCCUCCUACAUGGGCAUCACCCAGGAGUUGCUGUACCGACGUCAUGGCAAGUGUGCGAGGGAAGCUUUGUACUACACCCACCUGUUGCCACUGCCGGCCUUUCUCCUGAUGCAGGAUAACAUACGGACGCACUGGCUACUGGCGUUCGCGGGCGAGUCCUACCAGUUGCCUCUUCUGGGCGUAGCAGUGCCCCUGAUCGUACUCUAUUUAUUGGGCAACGUGCUGGCCCAACAUCUGUGCAUCAGCUCCGUUUACACUCUCACCACGGAAUGCAGCUCGCUGACGGUAACUCUGAUCCUAACGCUUCGGAAGUUCAUCUCGCUGGUCUUUUCCAUCAUUUACUUCCAAAAUCCAUUCACUUUGUACCACUGGCUGGGCACAGUGUUGGUCUUUGUGGGCACCUUAAUGUUUGCAGAUGUGAUCAGAGUUCCCAGAACUCGAAUUGUGAAACAGGAUUAGACUUUAAAAGACUUUUUGUGACGAACAAUGUUUUAAUUGCAUUUACAUUUACAUUUAAGUACAAAUUAAAAUUACAAGACUCUCAUAAUUGUUAUGAAAAGAAGGCAUACAUUAAAAGUAAUGAAAAACUUGA